CACUCAUUCAUCGUCCCAAAAUGGCGGCGCUUGGAUUUUGAGAAGAAAAGGAACGCAAGUUUAGUCAAUUUAGUUUCCAGCUGAGCUUCGGAAGUGACAGGUUGCUGCCAUGGCAACGGCCACGCCCCACGCGACGGUGAUCAGUCCGCAGGAUCUGUUGGCCCAGAUGAACAAAUACCGGAGUUACGCUGCGAUCCUGGCCGACACUAACCAACAGGAUGAACACAGAUUGAAGGUUGCACAAGAAAUCAGUGAAAAUUUUGAGUCCAUCGUGACCUCUGGUCAGUACCAGUCUUUCUUGGAGCACGCCAUUCCGAGAUUCCUCAAGGUGCUACAGGAAGGUGACACUAUUUUCGUGCAGGAAAACCCUAUUCAGCAACUGCGGAAACUCCUGUUGGAGAUUAUCCACCGGAUCCCGACAAACGACCAUUUCCGUAUCUACGUCAGCAAAGUGCUCUCUCUCAUGUUCCAGCUUAUAGAGAGAGAAAAUGAGGAGAAUGUUCUGGUCUGUCUGCGGAUCAUCAUCGAACUUCACAAGCAGUUCCGCCCACAGAUCCAGCCCGAGAUCCAGCAUUUCCUUCACAUGGUGAAACAGAUCUACAAGGACCUGCCUGCAAAUAUGAACGCGAUGUUUGAGAAGCCGAUCAACGUGACGCUUGACGCAGCGACCGGACAGCCGGUGGUCCUCCCACUGUCCGGAACCGUCACCGUGCAGACAGAGAAGGCCGACGGCAGCAAAGAAACUCUGACGGUCCUGUCUAAGGGAAUCAACUCGCUGAAGGUUCUGGCAGAGUUGCCCAUCAUUGUUGUCCUGAUGUACCAGUUAUACAAGCAGAACGUGCACAGCGCAGUGGCAGAGUUUAUUCCUCUCAUCAUGAACACCAUUGUCCUCACACCUUCUGCACAGGCCAGAGCUUCCCCCCAGUUUAACCGUGAGCUGUACGUGGAUUUCGUCGCUGCUCAGAUCAAGACUUUGUCUUUCCUGGCUUACAUCAUCCGCAUCUACCAGGAGUCUGUGACGACCUACGCUAACCAGAUGGUGAAGGGCAUGCUGUCCUUGCUGACCAACUGUCCCCAGGAGGUCACACACCUGCGCAAAGAGCUGCUCAUCGCCGCAAGACACAUCCUCGCUACAGACCUGCGCAACAGAUUUGUUCCGCACAUCGACCGUCUGUUUGACGAGAAAGUAUUGAUAGGAACAGGCUGGACCACUCGGGAAACUCUCCGUCCCCUAGCCUACAGUACCCUAGCAGACCUGGUGCAUCAUGUAAGGCAGCAUCUACAACUAUCAGACCUGGCGCUGGCCGUGCACCUCUUCUCCAAAAACGUACAUGACGAUCUGCUACCCAGCAGUAUACAGACCAUGUCCUGCAAGCUGCUGCUGAACCUGGUGGAGUGUAUCAAGAGUGACCAGGACGGAGGAAAUGGCCGAGAGAUCCUGAUGAGGAUGCUGGAAGUGUUUGUUCUGAAGUUCCACACCAUCGCAAAGUUCCAGCUGCCCGGCAUCUUCGCUAAAUGUGACAAGGAGAAGGAGGAAGAAAAGUCAAAACCCGCUGGUGGACAGUUCAACAACUUCUCAGUCUCGGACUGCCGCAGUCUGGUCAAGACCCUGGUGUGUGGGGUCAAGACGAUCACAUGGGGAGCUCAGUCUUGCAAAACACCUGGAGAAACGUCAUUCGGCCCCAGUAAACAGUUCCAGCCGAAGGAGACAGCGAUUUUCUCGGCGCUGGUGCGACACGCUCUGUGUGCCCUGGACAUCUACCAGAUCAACGUAACGCCUUCGGGACAGCCGUACAUAAGAGCACAGAACUCCCAGACUGUGCGUAUGAAGGAAGAGAAGGACGUACUGGAGCAUUUUGCGGGAGUGUUCACGAUGAUGAACCUGCUCACAUUCAAGGAAAUCUUCUCCACAACCAUCGAGUUUAUGGUAGAGAGAAUCUACCACAACUACGCGCUCCAGAUCGUGGCGAACACGUUCCUGGCAAAUCCCUCGACCUCCGCGACCUUUGCCACCAUCCUGGUCGACUACCUCCUGGACCGACUGGAGGAAAUCGGAUCUGCCAACAUUGAGAGGUCCAACCUGUACCUGAAGCUUUUCAAGUUGGUUUUCGGGUCUGUUUCGCUGUUUGCUGCUGAGAAUGAACAGAUGCUCAAGCCCCACCUACACAAGAUUGUGAACAGUUCCAUGGAGCUCGCUCAGACGGCCAAGGAGCCGUACAACUACUUUCUGCUGAUGCGGGCGCUUUUCCGGUCCAUCGGAGGAGGCAGCCACGAUUUGCUGUAUCAGGAGUUUCUGCCUCUGCUGCCUCAUCUGUUGCAAGGUCUGAAUAACCUGCAAAGCGGUCUCCACAAGCAACACAUGAAAGAUCUCUUCGUCGAGCUUUGCCUGACCGUCCCAGUUCGCCUGAGUUCCCUCCUACCGUACCUUCCGAUGCUGAUGGACCCUCUUGUGUCUGCCCUCAACGGAUCGCAAACCUUGGUGAGCCAGGGUCUGCGAACACUGGAGCUGUGUGUGGACAACCUGCAACCUGAGUUUCUGUGGGACCACAUUCAACCAGUUAGGGCAGAACUCAUGCAGGCGCUGUGGCGAACCCUACGGAAUCCUGCGGAGAACAUCGCCCAGGUGGCGUUCCGAGUUCUCGGGAAGUUUGGGGGAAACAACAGGAAAAUGCUCAUGGACCCACAGAAGCUGACCCCCCAGGACACAGAUGUGGCCGGACCCUGCAUCACCAUCAACUUCCUGGACUGCAAACAGCCCAUCAACCUGCCUGUCGACAAGGCGCUCGAGGUCAUCAAGGGCUUCCUGGUGGGCAUGAUGAGCCUGGAGGACAACAAACUGUCUCUGCACCAGCUGCUGGCACACCAGAGUUUUGCAGAGCGAGAGAUCCCACCGCCCCCCUCCCCCCUGUACAAGUGCCCAGACUCCAUGGCCAGGAAGGCUUUCGAACAGGCACUGGCAGGAGCCAUGAUGUGUGCAGUGAUAAAGGACCUGAGAGCCAGCUCUCUGCCUUUCGUGGCCAACAUCAUCAGGCACUACACCAUGGUGGCCUUGGUGCAGCAGUGUGGCCCUUUCCCGUUGUCUGGAGGUGCAGAGACAAACCGAGGAAUGGAUCCUCUGGUGAUUGUGGACGCCGUGGCUGUGUGCAUGUCGCAUGAGGAGAAAGAGCUCUGCAAGAUCGGGGAGAUCGCCCUGGCUAUCAUCAUAGAAGUCACCGCUACCGUGCUGGGCUCCAAGGAAAAGGCAUGCCAGCUGCCCCUGUUUGAGUACAUUGUGGAGCGUCUGUGUUCCUGCUGUUACGAGAGGGCCUGGUACGCAAAGUACGGCGGGUGUGUAGCGAUCCGGUUCCUUCUGGAGCGCACAUCUCUAAGGUGGAUCCUGGAGCACGAGCUGACCUUCCUCAAGGCUCUCUUCUUCGUCCUCAUGGACCUGACCGGAGAGGUGUCCAGCGGCGCCCUUGACCUUGCCAAGGCCGACCUUGAGAAGCUGCUGAAGAUGUGUGCCACGCCCAUCCAGCCGACGCCCGGCAACCGGGCGCUGCUGGCCGCGCAGGAGAAAGCCUUCAGGGAGGUCACCUUGGAGCUGGUGCGCGAGGUCACCUCCUCCAACAACAUGGUCAGGCAGCAGGCGAUGCACUCUCUGCGAGUUCUGGCCAAAGUCACCGACAAAACCAUCACAGCCAUCAUGGAGCCACACAAAAAUGUUCUUGAAGACAUGAUUCCUCCCAAGAAGCACCUGUUGAGACAUCAGCCUGCCAACGCACAGAUCGGACUCAUGGAGGGGAACACUUUUUGCACCACGUUGCAGCCCCGACUCUUCACGAUAGACCUGAAUAUCAUGGAGCACAAGGUUUUCUUCACCGAGUUAUUGAAUCUGUGUGAGGCUGAGGAUUCGAUGUUGAUCAAACUGCCCUGCUACAAGAACAUGCAGUCCCUGACCCCACUGCGCAUCAGCGCACUCAAUGCCCUGGCAGCCUGCCACUACAUCCCUCAGGUGCGGGAGAAAAUCUUCACUGUCCUCUUCAAGUCUCUCAACUCCAGCUCAGAGGAGCUGCAGACAGCCGCCAUGAAGUGUAUGAAGGAUUUCCUGAAGCACCAACAGAUGGAUGCAGAAACGAUCCACAACGCGGUGCGGCCACUACUGAUGGUUUUGGGAGACUACAGAAGCUUGACUCUGUCGGUCAUCAAACGUCUCACCAACGUCACAACUCUGUUUCCUAACGUCUUCAACGAGAAACUCUGCGAUCAACUCAUGGCCCACCUUAAGAAGUGGAUGGACGUGGCCAUUAUUGCACAGAAGGGGGGACAGCGCACCGAUGGAAAUGUGAUAAAGGUGUGUGCAGCGAUCAUCCACAUGUUCCACACCAUCCCUGCCGCCUCCAUCAAGAUGAUUGACCCUCUGGUGACCUUGGUGCUGAAGGCAGAACGCGCUCUGCUGCUCGAGAUUGGUAGUCCGUUCCGAGACCCCCUGAUGAAGUUCCUUCUGCGUUACCCUGCCCAGAGUGUCGACCUCUUCAUCCAAGAAGCACACCUCAAGGAGCCUCAGACCAACAGGACUUUCACUGCCAUGCUGAAGAGAGAAGAGGCCAAACCUUUCCGAGACGUGAUCCAGGCAAACCCACUCAAACUGGCAAAUGUUGCGCUGAGCACAGGUGGUUUGCGGCCGGGAAGUCCGAAUUACCUGACCCAGCAGGAGCUCCAGUAUCAGGCCAUCCACAUCUACAGUAUUCUGGUGAAGCACGACCCGGCCUGGCUGAGCAAGCAUCCCAUGCUGAUGAGCCACCUGAAGCAGAUCUGGAUAUCAGAUGACUUCCAGGAGAAACACAGCAAGGAGCAGUUGAGCAUCUCGUACUGGCGGGAACCCAAGCUGCUCGUCAAGUGUCUCCUCAGCUGUGUCAAGCAGAACCCCGGGGAGGUUGAGCUGCUGUUCCAGCUGCUGAGGGCGUUCACCCUGCGCUUCAUCUCCAACUUUCACUUUCUCAAGACGUUCCUGGAGGAGGAGCUCUACAAGGUGACGAGUAUAGACCAGAAGAGGACCAUCUUCUUGGAGUUUGUGAAGCUGUUCCACGACCAGAGUUUUCCUCAAGAGCUUAAAGCAAAAGCUCUACAGCACAUCCUGAUCCCCAUGUUCAGCACAGCUUUCCAGAACGGACAGGGGGAGAAGCUGAUCGGAGGCCCCCCAACCCCAGAGUCUGAUGAUGAAACCAACCUCAUCAGUGUCUUCAUCAAUAAAGUUAUCGACCCUGAGAACCCAUACGGACACACGGAUGCCGUGAGGAUUUUACUACUGCAAUUCUCGGCUUUGCUGGUUGAACAGGCUUCUCCACACAUCCAUGACGCAGCCAACAAGAGACAAGGAAACAAGCUACGCCGGCUGAUGACAUUUGCCUGGCCGUGUCUCCUGCCCAAGAACUGUGUGGAUCCGGCUACCAAGUACCACGGCCACCUACUGCUGUCUCACAUCAUCGCCAAGUUCGCCAUACAUAAGAGGAUUGUCCUGCAGGUGUUCCACAGCCUACUGAAGGCCCAUGCACUGGAGGCCAGGAAAGUGGUACAACAGGCACUGGAGAUUCUCACACCGGCCAUGCCUGCACGCAUGGAGGAUGGAAAUGCGAUGCUGACCCACUGGACCAAGAAGAUUAUAGUAGAGGAGGGGCACACUGUGGCACAACUAGUGCACAUGCUCCAACUGCUGGUGCGUCACUAUAAGGUGUACUAUCCAGUCAGGCACCACCUUAUUCAGCACAUGGUCAGCUCUAUGCAGAGGUUGGGCUUCACUCCGAGUGCGUCAAUUGAGCACCGGCGUCUGGCCGUGGAACUGUGUGAGGUCAUCGUGAAGUGGGAGAUGCAGAGGGUCAAGGAUGAACAGGAGCAGCAGACUGAAGGGGAGAUCACCCCCUUGGAGGGCGUCUCCGUGCCGACGACCUCGCAGGUCAAGCGUGCCAUGUCGGUGGAGUCUCCGCAGGACUCAAAGCGUGUCCGACACUCGUCACAGACGGCUACGCCGUCCCGAAAUCCGCAGGUGGAACUCGUCAGCAAACCCAUUGAGAAAAUCCACGCUGACAACGUGGUCAACUUCCUGGUCAAGAUUGCCUGCCAGGUGAACGAGGCGUCUACAACCCAGGGUUCUCCAGGUGAGAUGCUGUCCAAACGCUGCGUCUUCCUGGUGAAGACCGCGCUGAAACCCGAUCUCUGGCCCAACUCCGAGCUAAGGCUGGCCUGGAUAGACAAACUGCUUAUGACCAUUGAUCAGAGCGGACAGGCGAACUUUGCCAACAUCUGCACAGCCCUGGAGCUGCUGACAUACCUGCUGGGAACCCUCUCACCACAGAACAUCCUGGCCACAUUCAAACCCCUGCAGAGGGGCAUCGCAGCAUGCAUGACCUGUGGAAACCAGAAGGUGGUGAGAUUUGUCCAACAGCUACUGGCCAAACUGAUGAGCAUCUUCCCUACUGAACCAAGCACCUCGAGUGUUGCAUCCCAGUAUGAGGAACUGGAAUGUCUCUAUGCUGCAGUCGGCAAAGUCAUCUACGAGGGGCUCACCAACUAUGAGAAAGCGGCAAAUGGCAGCCCGUCCAGCCUGUUUGGUACUCUGUGGAUCCUGAAGUCUGCUUGUGUCAACAAUGCCAGCUACAUAGACAGGUUGAUCUCUGUGUUCAUGCGGACACUACAGAAGAUGGUGAGGGAACAUUUGACACCUGCAGCAGCCGCUGGAGAGGGAACUGCAACAGUGUCCAGUGACCUGAUAAUCCUGAGCCUGGACCUGAUAAAGACCCGAGUGGCCGUCAUGAGCGCGGAGAUGAGGAAAAACUUCAUCCAGGUGAUCCUGACUCAGCUGAUCGAACGCUCGCCCGACGCUAAGAUCCUCAAGGCCAUCACAAGGAUCAUGGAGGAGUGGAUCAAGAUUAAGGGUCCCAUGGCUGUUAACGCCACCCCCACCCUGAAAGAGAAGGCCCACCUCCUCACCAAGAUGAUGCACUUCACCGAGAAACGCUUUCCUGACGACAACGAACUCAACGCACAGUUUCUGGAGCUUGUCAACUAUAUCUACAGAGAUGAGUCAUUACGAGGAAGUGAGCUCACAGUUAAGCUGGAACCAGCCUUCUUGGCGGGCCUACGGUGUGUGCAGUCCCACAUCAGGGCCAAGUUUGUGGAGGUGUUCGACCAGAGCAUCCGAAGGCGCCUGUACGACAGGCUACUGUACAUGACCUGCUCACAGAACUGGGAGUCUAUGGGCACACACUUCUGGGUCAAACAGUGCACUGAGCUUAUGCUAGCUGUCUCCGACCGUUCCACCCCAGUCUCGAGCCAUUCCCAGCUCUCCAUGCUCCCGUCCAUCACUCAUGUCAUAAACCUGGCGGACAGUCGGGACAAGAUGGCCUUCGCCAUGGCGAUGAGGGUCAAGGAAGAGCCCAUGGACGUGGAGGGGGAAAAACAAGAGGAGGAUAUGGAGAUUGACAUUGAGCUCACCUCAGACGAGGGGAAGUCGAAGGACGCGUCGGGUCGCGAGGAGGUCAGCAAGGGUGACCUCCGACACCAGCUGAGCGUGCUCACUAACCGACAUGGGAAGUUCCUCGAGUCACUCAAGGAGGUCAAGACGACGUCGUUCCUGACAGCGGUGUCGCAGCUGUGCCACUACAGCACCCAGCUGUCACACAGCACAUGGGUGGAGCUGUUCCCCAGGCUGUGGAAGGUGCUCAGCGAGAGACAGCAACAGCACCUUGCGGGAGAGCUGGGGCCGUUCCUGUGCAGUGGUUCCCACGUGUUCCAGAAGGAAUGCCAGCCCAGUGCCAUCCACACAUUUGUGGAGGGGAUCUCUCGCUGUGUGCCGCCUAUCCCCAUCAGGCCCUGUGUGCUCAAGUACCUGGGUAAGACCCACAACUUGUGGCACCGCUCGACCCUGAUGUUGGAACAGAGCGCCUUCGAGAGCGGGUUUAGCACACAGAGCAAGAACAAACAGGCAAACGAGUACUAUGAACAGGAGGGCAUCACUCCUCCACAACAGGAGACCCUUGACAUGCUGUCAGAGCUGUACUCCCUGCUGAGGGAAGAGGACAUGUGGGCUGGACUCUGGCAGAAGAGAUGCAAGUUCCCUGAGACUGCCACUGCCAUCGCUUAUGAACAACAGGGGUUCUUUGAGCAGGCUCAGACCACAUAUGAAGGGGCGAUGACAAAGGCCAGACAGGACCACAACAGCAGCUCAGCUGCACCAAACAUCAUCCCUGAGUACAGACUGUGGGAGGACCAUUGGAUCAGGUGUUCUAAGGAGCUGAACCAGUGGGACCUCCUGAUGGAGUAUGGCUCCUCCAAGGCCCACCCGAACCCUCACCUUGUGCUGGAGUCAGCCUGGAGGGUGCCUAACUGGGCCUCCAUGAAGGAUGCUCUGGUGCAGGUGGAACAGAGCUGCCCCAAGGAGAUGGCAUGGAAAGUCAACAUGUACCGCGGCUACAUCGCUAUCUGUCAUCCUGAGGAACAUCACCUAAACCUGAUUGAGCGUUUGGUGGAAAUGUCGAGCAGUCAGUCUAUCAAGGAGUGGAGAAGACUUCCUCUCAUUGUGGCCAACAUUCAUGUUCCACUGUUACAGGCUGCCCAGCAGGUUAUUGAGCUGCAAGAAGCCUCCCAGAUCCACACUGGUCUGCAGCCGGCAAACAUCGGCAGAAACUCCUCCCUACACGACAUGAAGGCCAUCGUCAAGACUUGGAGAAACCGUCUGCCCCUGAUCGCAGACGACCUGUCCCACUGGAGCGACAUCUUCAUGUGGAGACAUCACCACUACAACGCCAUCGUCUCCGCUUACGAGGGGCACGUGCAGCAUGACCCGCAAAGCUCAAACCACUCGAUGCUGGGGGUGCACGCCUCGGCACAUUCCAUUAUCCACUACGGGAAGAUCGCCCGUAAGCAUGGCCUGAUCGGGACCUGCCUGGACUCUCUCAGCAGGAUACACACCAUCCCCAGCGUUCCCAUCGUCGACUGUUUCCAGAAGAUCCGCCAGCAGGUCAAGUGUUACCUGCAGAUGUCAGGGGUCAUGGGUCGCAACGAGUGCAUGCAGGGCCUUGAAGUGAUCGAGUCGACAAACCUUAAGUACUUCACUAAGGAGAUGACUGCAGAGUUCUAUGCACUGAAGGGCAUGUUCCUCGCACAGAUCAACAAGUCUGAGGAGGCGAAUAAGGCAUUUUCCUCUGCAGUCCAGAUGCACGAUACACUGAUAAAGGCCUGGGCACUCUGGGGAGACUAUCUGGAGAAUAUCUUCACCAAGGACAGGUUGCUACACCUGGGCGUGUCAGCCAUAACCUGUUACCUCCACGCCUGCCGCCACACCAACGAGUCAAAGUGCCGGAAGUACCUUGCCAAGGUCAUCUGGCUGCUGACGUACGACGACGACAAGGGCACGCUGGCCGAGGCCGUCGACAAGUACUGCGUCGGGGUGCCGCACGUACAGUGGUUGCCAUGGUAA